AUGGCAGACAGUGUUGAGAACAAGCGCAAUCGCCCUCGCGAAAAUGUCAAGAUCCUCUACGACUACGAACUCACCAACGCACCCGGCAAGUCCAUCGUCGGUCUCGAAGUCCACUACGGCCCUCUCGGGUGGACACCUCCACAUACUCAUUCCGGUGCCACUGUCGCCGCCACUGUGAUCAAGGGCCAACUCCUCAGCGGAAUGAACGGUAACCCGCCCAAGGUUUACAGCGCCGGGGAGAGCUUCAACGAGCUUCCUGGUUGUCAUCACACCGUCAGCGACAAUCCCAGUGAAACUGAGGACACAACUUUCAUCGCUGUCAUGGUGAUUGAUACUGAGAUUGUUAAAAAGGGAUAUCAGAAUCUGGUGGUUUUAGAUAAGGAAUGGCAGUAA